AUGAACGCAACAGCAAAUGGAAGCUGCUUCAGUUUGAUACAUCCAGAAGCACGAAAAAUUGGGCAAACGGUUGCUCUCAGCCUGAUACUUGUUGUUUCGUUGGUUGGAAAUUCUCUCAUCGUAUUAAUUGUUUACAAAACACCAACUUUGAGAAAACCCAUAAAUAUGUUGAUCGCAAAUAUGGCCAUGUCCGACCUGUUCUAUCCAAUAUUCUGGGUUCCUGUUCUUCUGGCAGAAGGGCACGCUGGCUCGUGGCUUGUUGGUGGUACCCUUGGUCAGGCCUUGUGCAAGCUACACUCUUUUCUUUCAGACGUUUCCUCGUUAGUAUCGAUUCAGAGCCUUGUUCUGAUAACAGUGGAUCGAUUUGUAGCUGUUGUAGUCCCACUCCGUUCCCCUCUCAUAAGUAGAAAGCUGUGUCUAUUUUUCAUUAUCGCUUCGUGGAUCGUCGCAAUGGCCGUUCAUUCGCCAAAUCUUGUUGCUUUAAAACUUGUUAAAUACCCAGAACGACUGAGGUGCGAACUUCUGUGGCAGGAAGCCUUCGAAGGAAACACAUAUCCAAAUUACCUCCUAGCAUGUGCUAUCGUGUUUUUCUACAUUCCGUUUGUCCUCUUGGUGAUACUGUACUCCAUCAUCCUGAUCAAGCUUAAAACGCAAGUCCAUCCAGGUGAACAGUCAGCCAAUGCCGAGGAACAGAGGACAAGAAGAAAUAGAAACGUGCUCAAGAUGGCCACUGCUAUCAUGGUAGUGUUUUUCAUUUGCUGGAUACCCUUAGUCAGUAACGCGAUAAUAGUCGAAUUCAGUGCACCAGACAAUCUUAUUUUUUCUUCUUGUAGUUUUUAUCGAUACUUUAACGUCACCUACUUUAUGGCUUACGCAAACUGUGCUAUUAACCCGAUUAUCUGCCUCAUUCUUAACAGUAACUACCGUCAAGCUCUUAAGAGACUUGUGAGUUGCUGUGCAGCCGAUGCAGUGUAA